AUGGCCGGAACCAGAAAUUUGAUCGUUCGAUCAUUGGCACUUCGUCAUGCAAUCAAGAACAGUGUUCGUCCUCUCUUAACCAACACAAACCUUCAUUCCCGAAUUUCCAAAUCGUCUCUCUUCGCCGCCACACUCGCCUCUUCCUCCUACUCCUCUCACCUCUCCCUCCACCAUUCCCGUUCCCUUUCCUCCGCCUCAGCUUCCCCUGGCGUUAUCCUUGUUAAUUCCGCGGAAGAGUUCAAUAAAAUCCUUAGCAAAGUUCAAGAUGACUCGUUGCACGCGAUCUUCUACUUCACUGCUGUUUGGUGUGGACCUUGCAGGUUCAUUUCUCCUGUAGUUGGGGAGCUCAGUAAGAAGUAUCCUAAUGUGGCAACUUAUAAGAUUGACAUUGAUCAGGAAGCAAUUCAAGACACAUUGAGUAUGUUGCAAAUUACAUCCGUGCCAACACUUCACUUCUUUCAAAAUGGGAAAAAGACUGAUGAACUUAUAGGCGCAGAUGUUGCACGAUUGAAUCAUAUUACGGAGAAACUCUUCAAGAAGGACUAA